UUAUAUCGAAAUCAAAAUAUUAAGUAUCAUAUACUAGCAAAUUAAACCGUAUGCAUCAGCCAUAUUCUAAACAUGAAGUCCAAAAUCCUUGCAUUCUUCUUCCUUGUUAUAUUUUCACAAUUCAUAUGUGGCCUGGCUUUUCAACUCAAUGAGGAGACACAUACAACCCAUAAGAAUGGAAAUAGUAUUGAUAGAAAAGAUGGCGUGAAACGAGACGUAUAUGUAUCAUCGAAGGCGAAUAAGGGGAAAGGUUCAUAUGGUGGUCAGAAUAAUCGUCCUCCCAAUACUAAGGAAAACAAAGCAGUUUCAAUGAUAGUUACAAAGCCUGCAUGCAUUUCAUAUAUGGGUAUGAGUGUUAUUUUGAUGUGUAUGAUGCUUGUUUUUGACUUCUAGAUAGUUGGUAUGUGAACACUGCAGUUAUGGUCUAUUCUUGGUUUUUGGUUUUCAUGGUGUGUUGUAUGUUUUCAUAAUAUGCUUAAUUGCUUAAUUGGAUGGUAUACUUAAGCAGAUAUUGUGAUUGCUUAUGUGUGUAUACAAUCAUAUUGUGGUUGUGAUUGAUUUAUCAUGAAAUCUACCAAUAAAUUAAAACAUGAUUGACAUGUUUUUGAAA